GAGGGAGACGGAAAGGCGAAGGAGCGAGGCAGAGCCGCGAACAGAGAGAGAGAACGAAGGCAGCGCCGCGUGGCGGUACGAGGUGGGGACUAUCGGGCCGUAAACCAUCCGCGGUGAACAUUUAACUCACGUAUUGCCAUCCGACAAGUUUGCUUUGGCCCGCGAGAGAGCGUCACCCGAGCGAGCGUCCGACGUCGAAGCGAGCCUUCCGCGAAACACGCGAGGAGGUGGAUCAGAGCCUUCGACUUCACGUGGCUCUAAUCCGUUCCGUUUCGUACCGUUCCGUUCCAGACAAAACCACCGACUUCUCGUUCACCCUCGUUCCGGGUCCUCGAUCGUGCCUGCUCUCCUUUUUAUUUCGCGCGACCAGCUAACAUACAGACGGGGAUCCGCGACGCGACGCGACGCGCCACGACCAACCGGAAUCACGUAUCGUCAGCUGGGAAAUCGUUCCAGCGCGAAACGAUCUUCCCCGAGAUCUCCAGUCUACGUACCAUCAACCGGCGAGAUAACCUCUACCAUCCUGCCGACGCGAACAUCUUUUGGACCACCAGUCAGUCGACACGGAACUUCCGGAUGCAACAAUCGAUUCCGGUCUGAACGAUCGCUAUCAUGAACAAGAAACGAGCGCGGCCUAUCCUUCCGCAAACGAUCCUCUGCUUUCGUUGAGUCUUCCGGCCAACCGCUACACGGUGUGGCAUAACUUCGUUAGCAGGGUGGACAGAGGAACGGAACGUGUCUGGAGCGGCUUGGCGUUUUGAACGAAGGUACCACACCGAAGAAGAACUCUGAUUACCAUCUUCCCCCCCCCCCUCGUGUACAAGUUUUAAACCUGCCCCCUAAAUUAUCCCCGCAGCUUGAUAACUCACGGUUCUGUAGUGCUCCAGUUUCUAGUUUUUCUUUCAAUAUCGAUGAGUCGAGUGUGAUAAACGGGCAAAGGAACGAGACAAGAGUAUUAAAGAGUAUACAUAAUUUGAUGAUACGCUAAGUGAUUCACGGUGAUGUUGGUGUGAUACAAAGAGUGUUGCGCGCGCGCGUGUUGUCCGAGAGUGAGUGCGAGGAGGGAGGAAUCGCGCCGGAGCAGGUGAUACUAUAUGUAUAAAUAACAGAAAUUUAUUCAUGUAUAUGUAAGGACGUGUGCCAGUGUGUCCGUACGCAGGUAUUCGAGUACAAAGAAAAGAAAAAAAAAAAGAAAGAAAUCCAACUAUUAAAACAUAUAGUUUGCCAGUACGAAGACAGGGAAAGACAGAAAAGAGGAAAAGAAAAGAAAAGGAAGAAAGAGAGGCGAGGAGGAGUAGUAGGUGGAGAAUAAGUUAAAAAGCCUGCCUAACGAUCAAAGACUAAGAAACGAAGAAGUGUGAGGACACGUAAGGGAAAAAAAAAGAUCGAGGUGGCAUUAGAAGGUGGGCCAGGUGGGACAGUAGCAUGAGUUCGUACUUCGCGAAUUCGUACAUCCCGGACCUGCGUAAUGGCGGGGUGGAACACCCGCAUCAGCAUCAGCAGCACUACGGUGCCGCCGUCCAGGUGCCCCAGCAAACGCAGUCGGUACAACAGCCAUCUCAGCAAACCGGGGAUCCAUGCGAUCCUAGUCUCCUACGUCAGGGAGUGCCUGGCCAUCACUAUGGGGCCGCUGGUAGCCAGCAAGAUAUGCCUUAUCCGAGGUUUCCUCCGUACAAUCGGAUGGACAUGCGGAACGCGACCUAUUAUCAGCAUCAACAGGAGCACGGCAGCAUGGACGGGUUGGGUGGUUACAGGUCGACGUCCCCGAGCCCCGGUAUGGGCCACAUGGGACACACACCGACCCCGAACGGACAUCCGUCCACUCCUAUUGUCUAUGCGAGUUGCAAGCUUCAAGCGGCCGCGGUCGAUCAUCAGGGUAGCGUACUCGAUGGACCGGACAGCCCGCCAUUGGUCGAGUCGCAGAUGCACCACCAAAUGCAUUCGCAACAUCCUCACAUGCAGCCGCAACAGUCACAACAUCAACAGCAGCAGCAGCAACAUCAACAUCUUCAGGCGCAGCAGCAGCACAUGAUGUACCAACAGCAGCAACAAACGCAGGCGGCGUCGCAACAAUCUCAGCCUGGCAUGCAUCCGCAACAACAACAGCAACCUCAGCAACACCAAGGGGUGGUCACGUCGCCGCUUAGUCAGCAACAGCAGGCUACUCCUCAAGGUGCGGCCACUGCCAACCUACCGAGUCCGCUCUACCCGUGGAUGAGAAGUCAAUUCGAGAGGAAACGAGGCCGGCAAACGUACACCCGAUACCAAACCCUCGAGCUGGAGAAGGAGUUCCACUUCAACCGAUACCUGACCAGGCGGCGGCGCAUCGAGAUCGCGCACGCACUGUGCCUGACGGAACGGCAAAUCAAAAUCUGGUUCCAAAACAGACGGAUGAAAUGGAAGAAGGAGAACAAGACGAAGGGCGAGCCAGGCUCGGGCGACGGCGACACUGAAAUCUCGCCGCAGACAUCGCCGCAGGGUUGAGAGAUCCCCGAGGAGUGGAACUUCCAAAGAGGUCUCAUCUCUCUCAGGGUCGUUAAUACCUUGUUUCCAGCACUACCUCCUCCCCCUACACAUACAUACACAUAUAAACACAUCUGCCCCAUGCUAGCCCUGCCGCCCCCCGCCCCCGUCCCCCAUGCAAGCCCCGAUACAUCUCCAAAUAUCAAACCCCCUAAAACACCCACACGCCCAGCCCACCCCAAGCCAACCCACCAUCACCCCACUCAUACAGCAAUGACGCUUAUUUUGUCGUGUUAAUCAAGUUGCUCGUACCAAAAAAGGAGAGGACAACGUAAGAGGGAUAAACGGGAUAGAGACGAUCGUGGAAGAGAAAUGGACGUUGCCGACAGUGCGGAUAGAAGUGAAGACGUGAACAGAACGAUGACAAAGGGAUGAAAGGAUAAGGAGCGAGAUUGCGCGCGCGGAAAAGGGACAGAGAUGGUAGAGGAAGAGAAAGAGGGAAGGGAAUGAGAGAUAAGACGCGAGGAGGUUCGUGUGGAAAAAGGAGCAGAGGAGGGCAUGGAACGUGGUAAAAGGAAGGAAAAGGAAAGGAAAGGGAACCGGACACACGAACGAGUCGGAUGAAGAUUUAUAGGGACGCGCGAUCUUCUAAUAAUCACGUAGUGGAAUGUCGAAGAAAACGGAGAAGAGGCAGAGGAAUUGGAUCGGAUCGGAGGAAAACUGGAUCACAUGCUAAUCAGAACCGCGUUAACCUCUAUUACAUUUAAUCGAAUGUAAUUGUACUAAAGCCUAUAAUGCUAGAGAUAAUUUGGCAGAGAAAGAACGACAGAGAGAGAGAGAAUGUGCGAGAGUAUGUGGAAAGAAAGAGCGAGAAUGAGCGAGAAAGAGAGGAACAAAUAUACGUACUUUAAAACGCGAGUGUCAUGAAAGUUAGGCGAACUGAACGAAUCGGUCCUUGUAAUUGUAUAGUAGAGUAUGUAUGAGCGCCUGUAAAAUGAUAUAUAUAUAUGUGUGUGUAUAUGUAUAUAUAUGUGUAUGUAUAUAUACAUAUAAAUAUAUAAAUAUAUAUAAAAGAAUUAAAGAGAGCGAAAAUGCGAGGUAUGCAAAUUUUAUCGAACGAAUGAGCGAACGAGCGAUAUGAUCGCGCGGAUCAAGCGAUGGUGAAUCUUUCAUGGAUUAAACAUUGUAUUCGCGUGGAAAAAAAAUUAUCCGUUAGGAAAACGUUUUAUUAUUUAUUCUCUUACACGUCGUACACGCGUAGAGUUCGUAGUGCGGUUAGGUCGUAAAAAGAAAGAAAACUAGCGGAAAAAGGACGGUCGUCCAGUCGUGUCUCUAUUUAGCGAGUAGAUGAACGGUUUAGUGUUCUUUAGAAGAUCGUUUAGAUAGGUUUUUCUCUAUAAUACCGCGGUGGCUCAGCGAGGGUUAUUUAGUAAUCGCGAACGUGCCAAGUGUGAUCUUCGAAUGUGUGUUUCUCCAGUGCCGGGAGGAUUCGAUAUGGAAAUGCGGUGAUGAAGAGAGAACGCAAUGCAGAGGAAGUUCCGGUAGAACGGCUGCACACUUAACAUUAUCUCUGGUUAAAGAACGAGGUUGCGAAUGAAUUAAACGGAGAGGAUGAAGCGGAGGAAAAGAAGUCAAAGCGAUAUUCGACUACGUUGUCGUGAAGCCAGUGAAAUAUCAGUGUGUGCUUGUAACGCAAUCCGUUAAAUUGCAGUGAUAUUACGGUGAUCCAUCGGAUCUGUCGAUUUGCCAGUAGUGUUGGCCAAUCACGAAUACGUCGAACGAAACCGGAGGAUCCUUUUCUCUGGAAAGUGUGCUGAUCGAAUGAAUGAAAACAGUGCUGUUAGGAGUGCGGAGGCCUCCGCCGGAGCAGAAUCGAAUCGACUUGACAUUUCUUCAUCAGUGUCGUCGUAAGGUCAGUUAAAAAAUUCUAUGCUUACUUGCACUUUCGUGUAUGUAUGUUUUUGUCUCAUCAUUAUCACAACUUUUUCCUCUUUAAAUAUUCCAUCAUUUUCUUCCAACUGUUUUUUACAAUUAUUCUUUCGAUCGUAUACUGCUUGAAGAACAUGUCAAAAUGAACCAUCUUUGUUUAUUCUCGUCGGGUGCGUAGCUAAAACAUUACGGGUAAUAUAUCGCUGUGUAUUAUAAUUAUACAUUUCUUUUUUGCAAGCAAAAAAUACCGCGGCUACUUGAGUAAAAAGGUGUUUCCCAACAGUCCGGACCGAUUGUGUCAACACACAAAUUAUCUUUCUUGUCAUAAAUAUACUUUUUACUACUUUUCUUAUAUUCAAGAUACAAACUGCAUUUCGAUUUAAAGCAGAGAUUUAUAAUGUUUGCUAUUCGAAUAUAUUACAAUAUACUUAAGAGAAUCGCGCAUUUUGUUGCAAACACCUUUCAUCAACGUAGAUGACGCGUCCAAGUAUUUAAAAAAAAAAAAAAAAAAACGUUUUGCGUAUUUACGCAACGGUAUUUGCGUUCGCCUUGUAAAUAUUUGAAACAACGGUGAAAAAAUGUAAUCGGAUAGAUCCUUAAUAGAACCAAAAUUCAAGGGAUCUUGAGGGGCGAGUGACCAUUGAAAAUUUACUACUGCUCCGCGAGAUACGAGGCCAAGUUACCAAGUGAUGUAAUUCAUAACAUAUUUUUGGAACAGGAUGCUUUCGGCAUGAAACCGCUUGGCACCUUAACAGCGAUUCUAGAAAGCAGAGUUGUCGAUGGAAAACGUUAUCCUGAUCCGCGCUCUUAUUUCAAAGCAUCUUUGUCAUCUCUGUCAAUAGCAUCCCUUUCAAGUAAAAAAGAUAUUCAAAAAGAGCAGAAAUAAAAAUUCAACAGCAUCUUCGUAGUUUCUUCAAAAGAUCGUACUGUUCAAGUUUAUUAUAUGUUUAAUUAAAAUUUUCUAAAGAAAUUAUUCAUCUGAAACAAAGAUACAAAAUCAAAAUGGCUUUUUCAUUUAUUCGCAAGCAAGUAAAAAGAUCUUCAAAUGAAAUUUAAUAAACUUUAUCCUUUCAGUUUUGUUAUUAAUGCACGGUCACUAGUCACAUGUUUGAACGCAUGUCCACUGUGACCCUAGUUUUCUUUCCUUGCAUGUUUGUUGAAAUGUAAGACGAGUCUAUUCAAAUUUUCGCGCCCAUAGAAACUGCGUUAAGUGUGCCAAGCAGUGGCCAAACGCACCAUCUGUCCGGGCCGGUCGAUAAAAAUGCUUGCGAUCGAUGACGGAUCGAUGACGCCGGAUCGUGACCUGGCCGAUGACAUCAUCGUGUCUAUCUAUCGGGCCGAGGACACGUCGGAGAACUCUGCCGCGGCGAAUUCUUGUGCUGUGUUGUAAAACCUAGAUCGACAUAAUUUAGUUUAUACCUUGUAUACACGCAAUUUAAUGAUAUACGUAAUAAACGAUAAUUAACGAAUACGUAAUAAUGUAUAAAUGAUGACGACGAUGAAAAGGCGGUAUUUAAAUGAAAUGGAUAAAAACAGAAAACGAUAAAAAAAGAGAGGGGGAAGGUAAAGAAGAAUAUAAAUGUACAUAGGAGGAAAUAAUCUGGGGAUUUCGUGAAAUCUCGUUUACAUGUAGAUCGCACGGGUUCGAAGAAUGUUCCCGUGGGACGCGAAACGAUGUCCCGCGAACUUUCUUCCGGCCCGUCCUCGUAUUAAUGGGGAAAAAUAAAAAGGAGAAACGAUCAUGAAAAAGAAAAAAAAAUGGAAAAAAAUUGGAGAUAUAUGAAACUGAUAUACGUAAUACAUGGUCCAGCUCGCGCACGCGCAUCGAUUGGGCACCGGCCGGCCUUUCUUUCUCGAGAGAUUUAUUUAUAUAUAACUUUUUGUCCUUGAGGAGCAACGAACUGUGAAAAACGGAAGAUCGUCGACGAUCGCUCGCUGUCUUUUGCGGACAGUUGUUCCUUUUUCGGGGGGAAGCGUCGAAACCCGUAUGUUUACGGUCAGAGGUCGUGAUUCUAAAUUGCUCGGGCAAAUUGGCGUCAAUUAAGCUCGAUAGCCCGUCGAGAGCCUCCGCGUCGUUGUCGGUAUAUGGCUUUUCGUGAAAGUUUUAACGAAAGAGGAACACCGGCGAUAAAUAACAAAUCUUUGAUUCUUGUUCUAAUCUACUUACCUCGAAUUAUUACAUAUCCUUUUUACCCUUAUGUCAUUUCAUUGUUCAAUUAUGUCCAGGUCAGGUAGUCGUAUAAUUUUCCGGGUUAGGAUAAGAUUAUCUUUGUCGUAUCGUUUACAUCGAAAGUUAUUUAUAAGAAAAUGCUUAUGUACACUUUUUGUAUUAUGUUUGUUAUUCAGUUUAACGCAAACUGUCACAUUUUAUUUGUUUAAUCAUUAAAUAUUUUCAAAACAUAUAUUUAUAGCAUAUGUACAUCCAACUGUCAACCAUGAAUAUUUUUGUUUCACCGUUUUCUCACCAGUAGCUCUGUCUGUCGAUCGACAUCGAUAUCGAUUAGUUGUUCUUUGUCAUUCGAUUCAGUUUUCGAUUCGCACGUCACGCUGGUCAGCAAAUUCUUUUUCUUUCUUGUCGAAAAAUAAGGUGUCUCCUUCUGUGUUGUUGAUUAUAAUGUUUGACACAAAUCGAUUAAUAUGAUUUGGAUAUUGUUUUUGCGCGUUUCGCGGUAGAUAAGUGAGACAUGUGUUAAUUCUGACUGCAUUAAUCAGUGAUACCAUCUAUGUAGGCCAGGUAAUGGCCGGCAUUGAAGCGUAGGGUGCGGCUUUCGAGACAAAGGAGGUAUUUAUUACUCUUGCAUCAUAGUAUCAACUGUUACGACACAGUGGUCAACGGUGCAGGCGAAAUUUCACGCAUAAAUGCCUGCUUGACAAACCGUUUUCGCAGAGACUUCUCGCCGGGCACUACAUAGGUUAGCUACAUUAAUCCUCGUUGAAUGUUUAGUUGAUUGGCAAAAACACGUUCAUAUUGUUGUGUCUCAAUUCAUGGUAGCAUAUGUUCAUAGCAGUAGGUCAAAUCAAUCGAUCAGAAAUUUUCUUAUUACCGUUCUUGCUUAUUCAAGGUCUUGCUGGGUGUGUAGGAACAAGAAAAAUUUGUUUGGUCUUUAUUGGUAAAUUUAUCACCGGUAUUUCUCUUACCAACGAUCAUUCGUGACACGCGGAAAAACAGAAUUGUGCAAUAAUUACGCGUCACCGUUUAACACACGUGUCACUCAGAGUUCUAUAUCGAUUAAAAUCAGCCGUCGUUUAGAUAAAAAUGCAAUUUUGGACGAAAGGAACAAACACAAAGAUUUUUCUAAAAAACAAGAAAA